AUGUCCGACCAGAGCAGCAGCGAAGAUGGGGAGUCCGACUCCCAGCACAGCCUGUACAUGGUCUUCCUCCUUGUCUUGGUCUUCUUCAUCAUGGGGCUGGUAGGAUUCCUCAUCUGCCAUGUCCUGAAGAAGAAGGGCUACCGGUGCAGGACAUUCCGGGAUGAGCUCGACCCAGAUAACAAGGACGUGCUGGCAGAACUCCAGGCCAACGAAGAGGAGGAGCUGAACGAGGACACCGUGGAGAAGAUUGUGAGAUGCAUCAUCCAGAAUGAAGCAAAUGCAGAAGCCCUCAAGGAGAUGCUGGGGGACAAUGAAGGGGACAUCGCAGUGCCAAUGCCCAGCCUUUGUCCCCACCGUAACAGCCAGGAUGGAGGCCCCCCUCACCACCAUACAGUGCACCUGGGCUCCACGCAAGCCCCCUGCAUCCACUGCAGCAAAAGGAGGAGGCACCCACUGCACCGCCAGGGCCGGUCCAAGGAUGGCAAAGGCCGGAUGCACCCUGGAGAGACCACUGUCUUCUCAGUGGGCAGGUUCCGUGUCACGCACAUUGGGAAGAAGCCAGCUUUCCAUGAGCAGCAGGACAGUGCCCAGCCCGAUGGAAGCAAGGAGCCAAGCACGGAGGAGCUGGAGCACAGCAGCGAGCGGUUCCAACGAGAGCAGGCUCACAAUGGGACUGUCCCCACGGGUAGCCUGGAAAAUGGGGCUGUGCAGGAGGGGACACAGGGUGGCAAGGGCACGGAGCAGAGCCGCACCGGCACCCCAGUGCCUGGCACUGCAGUGGGCAGCUCUCCUGGGAGCACCAGUCGGCAGCGGAGGCUGCUGAGCCGUCGGGUUCUGGGAGGGUCAAGUCCCAGCAUCCCAGGGCAGCUGGGGCAGGAGGAGGCCGGACUGGGGUCAGCAGAUGAGGUGUCGGAUAUUCACGGGAGCCUGAGCCUACACGAAGUGCCGGAUGAGAUGGGGAGAGAAGACAGCAGCAGGAGGCAGCCUGGAGCAGAGAACACGGGGCAGCAGGAGCCCAGCGCUGUGGUGCACGACCGAGGAGCCACUGUGUGA